ACAUGCACAAUAAGACAAAAAAAAAAGAUAAAAGUUUGACCAAAAAAAUUGCAGAAUUCACUACAAACAGCAGUUUCAAUCGUUAUCUGAUCUGUGCACUCAUCAAUUCAUUCAGAUCCGUAUCACACACACACACACACAACUCCCAGUUUAAGUAAUCACUAUAAACAAUGGCGGCUGAAGCUCUUGCAAAUGAACUCCUCAAAGUUCUUGUUAAGAAGAUGACCGACGAAGCCUUCAAGCGAGUUGCUCGUGCUCAUGGAAUUUACAACGAGCUGAAGGAGUUGAAGAAGACACUCUCCAGAAUCCAAGAUCUACUUCAUGAUGCCUCUCAGAAGGAGGUUACCCAUAAAUCUGUCAAAGAAUGGCUGAAUGCUCUCCAACAUUUGGCUUACGAUAUCGAUGACGUACUCGACGAUUUGGCUACCGAAGACAUGCAUCGUGAGCUCACCUUGCAGGAACCUGCAGCAUCCACCAGCAUGGUAAGAAAGCUCAUCCCAUCAUGCUGCACAAAUUUCUCACUAACUCAUAGGGUGUCUCCCAAGUUAGAUAGUAUUAACAGAGACUUAGAAAAUCUAGAAAAACGAAAAACGGAUCUAGGUUUGCUUAAGAUAGACGAGAAGCCAAAAUAUACUAGUAGAAGAAACGAAACCUCUUUGCCAGAUGGGUCUAGUGUUAUUGGAAGACAAGUUGAGAAAGAGAAAUUGUUGAACAAGUUGUUAGGGGAUGAAGGGUCAUCUAAGGAAAAUUUUAGCAUCGUACCCAUAGUUGGUAUGGGUGGGGUUGGUAAGACCACUCUAGCUCGACAUUUAUAUAACGACGCACAAGUGAAGGAUCACUUUGAACCCAAGACAUGGGUUUGUGUUUCUGAUGAUUUUGAUGUAUUUAAGAUAAGUGAUAUCAUCCUUCAAUCUAUGACUAAAGAAAGUAAGGAAUAUAAAGAUUUAGAUCAGCUUCAAAUGGCUCUCACAGAGAAGUCUAAGGACAAACGAUUUCUACUAGUACUUGAUGAUGUGUGGCAUGAAGAUGAUGACGAUUGGGAAAAGCUAGUGCUCCCAUUUCGUUCAUGUGCCCAUGGAAGUAGGAUAAUCAUUACAACUCGUAAAGAAGAAUUGCUUAAAAAGCUACAUUUUUGUAAUCUAGACUCUCUUAAGAGUUUGUCACAUGAAGAUGCUCUAUCUUUAUUUGCUCUACAGGCUUUAGGCGUAGAGAACUUCAAUUCACACACAACACUUAAACCACAUGGUGAAGGCAUUGUGAAAAAGUGUGCUGGUUUGCCUUUGGCUUUGAAGGCAAUUGGAAGGCUAUUGGGAACAAGAACAAAUGUAGAAGACUGGGAAGACGUGUUGAACAGUGAGAUAUGGAAUUUAGAAAAUAGUGAUAAGAUUGUUCCGGCUCUCAGACUUAGCUACCAUGAUCUUUCUGCAGAUUUGAAGCAGCUGUUUGCAUACUGCUCCUUAUUCCCAAAGGACUAUUUGUUUGACAAGGAAGAGUUGGUAUUAUUAUGGAUGGCGGAAGGGCUUUUGAGCCCAUCAAAUGCAACCAAGUCACCGGAACGCUUGGGCCAUGAAUAUUUUGAAAUAUUGUUAUCAAGGUCAUUUUUCCAACAUGCACCUAAUGAUGAAUCACUGUUUAUCAUGCAUGAUUUGAUGAAUGACUUGGCCAUGCUUGUUGCCGGAGAACUUUUUUUAAGGUUUGACAACCAUAUGAAGAUAGGCACCGAUGAUUUGGCAAAGUAUCGCCAUAUGUCAUUUUCUCGCGAGAUGUAUGUAGGUUACCAUAAGUUUGAGGCAUUCAAAGGAGCCAAAAGCAUGAGAACACUUUUAGCGGUAUCUAUUGAUGUGGAUCGAAGUUGGAACUACUUUUUCUUAUCUAAUAAGAUUCUGGUUGACUUACUUCCUUGCUUAACAUUAUUAAGGGUUCUUUCUUUGAGUCGUUUUCAAAUAACUGAGGUACCAGAGUUCAUCGGUAGUUUGAAGCACUUGCGGUAUCUUAAUUUUUCUAGAACUAGAAUCGAAGUGUUACCGGAGAACAUUGGCAAUCUUUAUAAUUUGCAGACAUUGAUUGUUUUUGGUUGCGAAAGCUUGACUAAGUUGCCUGAGAGCUUCUCGAAGCUUAAAAAGUUGCGACAUUUUGAUAUAAGGGAUACUCCGCUUUUGAAGAAGCUGCCAUUCGGGAUUGGUGAGUUGGAAAGCCUACAGACUCUCACCAAGAUCAUCAUUGAAGGAGAUGAUGGCUUUGCAAUAAAUGAGCUCAAGGGAUUAACAAAUCUCCACAGGGAAGUUUCAAUUGAGGGAUUGCACAAAGUGGAAUGUGCAAAGCAUGCACAGGAGGCGAACUUAUCUCUAAAAAAAAUUACCGGAUUAGAGCUGCAAUGGGUAAAUGAAUUUGAUGGUUCUCGAAUAGGUACACAUGAAAAUGAUGUUCUCAAUGAGCUGAAGCCUAAUAGUGAUACGUUGAAAGAGCUUUCAAUUGUGUCAUACGGGGGAACACAAUUUUCAAAUUGGGUUGGUGAUUGCUCUUUUCAUGAGUUGGUUAAUGUGUGUAUACGUGAUUGUAGAAAAUGCAAAUCUCUACCCCCAUUUGGGUUGCUCCCUUCACUUAAGAGGUUGCAGAUUCAAGGCAUGGAUGAGGUUAAAAUCAUAGGUUUGGAGUUAACCGGAAAUGAUGUUAACGCCUUCCGUUCACUUGAAGUUCUAACAUUUGAAGAUAUGUCUGGAUGGCAGGGGUGGUUAACUAAAAAUGAGGGUUCAGCAGCAGUAUUUACGUGCCUUAAAGAGCUUUAUGUAAAGAAUUGUCCACAAUUGAUUAAUGUCUCACUUCAAGCACUGCCUUCACUCAAGGUUCUUGAAAUUGACAGAUGCGGUGAUAUCAGAUGCGGUGGUUAACUAAAAAUGAGGGUUGAAGAAGCUGACAUCAGAGUGGGGGGAUCUGAAUUUUCCAACUUCCCUUGUUGACCUGACGUUAGGGGAUGAACCCAAUGUGAGGAACUUUAGUCAAUUGUCCCACCUUUUCCCUUCUUCUCUUACAUCUCUAGAGAUAAACAAAUUUGAUAAACUAGAAUCACUUUCAACGGUCACAUCCCUUCAACAUCUCAUCAUUUACAGCUGCCCAAAGGUGAACGAUCUACCAGAGACGCUGUUACCUUCACUUUUGAGUUUGAGAAUAGAAGAUUGCCCAAAAUUGAAAGAAAGGUGUGAAGGAAGAGGCUCCCACUACUGGCCCCGAAUCUCUCAUAUCCCCAAAAUCAAAAUAGACCAGAGGAACCUCUAACCAUGAAAUUGUAAAGGAUGAACAUUCACAGUUGACCGAGACGUAUGAGAGAACAGAGAAAAGUCUCAACCUACAAAUGAGAGAUUUUGGCAGUGUAAUCUUCAGGAAAAUGGUGUAAAUCUCGGGCAUAUAAUGACUUGAUCAGCAAAUAAUAAUCAAUCUGUCAAUGGCAUAAGCGUUCCACAUCAUCUUUAAUGGAAAAAAGUUGUUUUUUAACAUCCUUGUUUAGGUGGAAACAAUACCAUCAGAUGCCGAUUUAUAUGCUUUACGGGGUGAUGAUGUUGCCUGUUGGUUAUGAGGUGAAGAAAGGGGAUAGUGUACCUUAUCAGCCAUAUGGAAUAGUAAGGGUCAAGUUUGAUAAGUUUGAACCAGAAAUUGAUGGUUUCAUCACAUUGUUGCAUUCAUCCAGAAAGCUCCUUUGUUUCCAGCUUUACAGAAACACAAGCAGCACAGAAUUUAUUUGGCUCAAGAAUCUGCGUAUGUGUAGAUGAUCUUUUCUUCUAUUUAGUUAAGUUGUUUCAUUUUCAAGGUGAAUGAAAACAAAAGUGCAAAGUAUGGAUUGAUGCUUAAUCUUCACAUUGAUGGUGAUACAGAGUUGAUCCAUGAUCUAGCACACUCGUAUUUGGUGCGACUAGACACACGGAAGUGGACUGGAAAAUGGUUGCAAGCUAAAAUGGGCAUAACUUUCAUUACGUUUGAAGUUAUACGGGGAUAAGUAAUGGACACAAACGCCUCAACGAGCCACAUGAAUGGACAAAUGCUAUAGGCGGGUUUUCUGACUCUCGGCAACCAAUUCGACAUCUAGAGCUCCAAUUUUGAACUCAAGGCUGUUAAUUUCAAGAAACCCUUGGAGCGGUUACAAGUUGCGUCUGAUGGCACUUGUCAUUCAUGGUCUAAGUUACAUACCUCUUAUUGGAACUUAUAACCAAUGAAGAAUUAAUGGAAUUUUGCCUCUAAUGGCAAGUUACCACUAAUGAGGAUUAUGGAACUAGCCUAUGAUGUCAAGUUACCAUCUGAUGAGGAUUAAAGGAACUUACCACUGAAACAAGUUACCACUAGUGAAGAUCGAUGAAGUCUCGCUAAUGAAGAAGAGAUGCCAUGUGUUAUACGUAAUUGUCACUUUUCAAUUUCGUACAUCUCAACAAGAUAACAAAAACAUGAGUCCGCAUUGAAUUUAUUAUCACUUGACCCCAUAGCUUAUUGUGUCAAGUAGUUGAGAGUGAAUUCGGUGCAUGAACUUAUGUGUGACAACUUCAGAGGAAAUUUGCAAGUCACAUAACCUUGCAUAGCUAGGAAAUCAUCUUGAAUUUCAAUUGUGAUUUGUGACUAGCUUUACAUUAAACAUUCGAUUUUAAUUACCCGAGUUCAAAGGGCCAUACACAGUAAUGUUAUUUGUGAUU